AAUUGCUCUUCACUACCAACUCGUUCAAUCACACCGCACACUCUCGUCCGGUACGACUCACGAUGAGGCCACGCAAUCAGGAUGACCACCCGGGUCUUCUCGCUAGGGGUUCAGAUGGAUCAAGGUAUCGUACUAGUAUGAUGGCAGUCACUGCUCGCGCAUGACAGGUGUUCGACUCGAGCUUCGGUCCUCAACGCUUCCCCAGUGGUGAGGGCAGGAGCUCGGUCGUUCUGAGAUAAUACUGUCAUAACUUGAUCUAGAUAAUACUAGCGAAAGGACAUGCGUGGCACUGAUUAUUCCAUACCCCUGGGAUCGUAUAAUGGAAAGGGGAGCUCUGUCUCCCCGUUGCUGACAACGUCCAGUACUUUGAUCUUGACUUGAACUCUGUGCCAAGAUGUCGACUGACAAGAUCACCUUCCUGACCAACUGGCACGCGACCCCGUACCACGCCCCCCUUUACCUCGCGCAGAGCAAAGGCUUCUUCAAGGAGGAGGGCCUCAAAGUUGCCCUGCUCGAGCCCAAUGACCCCUCCGAUGUCACCGAGAUCAUCGGCAGCGGCAAGGUCGACAUGGGUUUCAAGGCCAUGAUCCACACUCUGGCUGCCAAAGCUCGCAACUUCCCUGUGACCUCCAUCGGCUCCCUUCUUGACGAGCCCUUCACUGGAGUCAUCUACCUCAAGGGCAGCGGCAUCACCGAGGAUUUCCGCUCCCUGAAGGGCAAGCGCAUCGGCUAUGUCGGUGAAUUCGGCAAGAUCCAAAUCGACGAGCUGACCAAAUACUACGGCAUGACGGCGGACGACUACACCGCCGUCCGCUGCGGCAUGAACGUGACCAAAGCGAUCAUCGAGGGCACGAUCGACGCCGGGAUCGGUCUCGAGAAUGUGCAGAUGGUCGAGCUCGCCGACUGGCUGGCGGGCCAGAACCGGCCGCGCACCGACGUGCAGAUGCUGCGGAUCGACCAGCUCGCGGAGCUCGGCUGCUGCUGCUUCUGCUCGAUCCUGUACAUCGCCAACGACGCGUUCCUGGCCGCCAACGGCGACCGCGUCCGCAAGUUCAUGAAGGCCGUCAAGCGUGCAACCGAGUACGUCCUCGCGGAGCCGCGCCAGGCGUUCGAGGAGUACGUCGCGAUGAAGCCCAUCAUGGGCACCGCCGUCAACCGGCAGAUCUUUGAGCGGUCGUUCGCGUACUUCAGCCGCGACCUCAAGAACGUCCACCGCGACUGGAACAAGGUCACCAACUACGGUAAGCGGCUGGGCAUCUUGGACGCGGACUUCCAGGCGAACUACACCAACGAGUUCCUGUCCUGGGAGCUGGAUGCCGACUCCACUGAUCCGCUGGGCGACCAGAAGCGCAUGGCCGAGCUGCAGAAGGAGGUGGCUGACCAGGGCGGAUUCCGGCGGUUGCAGGUGGCCUCUGCCUGAGCUGCUUGCUUAAGGGUUACAGCUUGGACAACGAUUCAGGUUGGGUUGAUGAGGCUCGCGGAUUCGGAAGGGACACGUUAGCCAUGCACUCGUUUCUAUAAGUGACUGAAUACUUAUCAUCUGCC